AUGACAGUGUCAUCGUUGAUGGUGUUGUCCCUCCUGUUCUUCGCGUCGCUCACGGCGUUGCUCUUCCUAGCUCCUCGCGUGUCGUCACCGCCGCUACCGCUGCCACUGCCCCUGCUGGUUGGGGACGAGGAGGUGCCGCCCGCCACUACGAGCGAUGCUGGAGGUGCGGCCAGCAGCGGAGGGACGGGAGUUGAGGAGGGGCCGGAGGACCUCACGCUCUUCCGACGCGUGACGCUCGACGUUGGCGAGGGCGCGGUGGUGGUGUCCAAGGUGGCAUUCAUGUUCCUGGCCAACUCCGACCUCACCUUUGCGCCGCUUUGGGAGUGCUUCUUCACGGGGCACGGCGAUCGCUUCAACGUGUACGUGCACGCAGACCCGGCGAUCGCUUCAACGUGUACGUACACGUAG